AUGUGUGUGAGAGAAAAUUCUGUGAGCCUUGUUUCUGGUGCAGGGGUUCGCUACACGGACAUCCUGGUUGGAAUCCCCAAAGAGGUGUCAAAGAACGAGAGGAGGGUGGCUGUGUCCCCGGCUGGGGUGCAGGCCCUGGUGAAACAGGGCUUCAAUGUCCAGGUGGAGUCGGGCGCCGGAGACGAGGCGAAGUUCUCAGACGACCAGUACAGAGAAGCAGGUGCCAAGAUAGGGGACACAAAGACUGUUUUUGGUUCAGACCUUGUUCUGAAGGUAAGAGCUCCAACAUUUAAUAAUGUAUUGGGAACACACGAAGCUGAGCUGCUCAAACCAAAGGCCACUCUUGUGAGCUUCAUCUACCCAGCGCAAAAUCCUGACCUCAUGGAGAAGCUCUCCAAGCAGCAAGCCACUGUUCUCGCAAUGGACCAGGUGCCUCGGGUCACUAUUGCUCAAGGAUAUGAUGCCCUGAGCUCCAUGGCUAACAUAGCAGGGUACAAGGCUGUUGUCCUGGCAGCAAAUCAUUUUGGAAGAUUUUUCACUGGCCAGAUCACAGCUGCAGGGAAAGUGCCUCCGGCCAAGGUUUUAAUAAUUGGCGGGGGGGUGGCAGGCUUAGCCGCUGCAGGGGCUGCCAAGUCCAUGGGAGCAGUCGUCCGAGGAUUUGACACCAGGCCGGCUGCCCUGGAGCAGUUCAGGUCCUUUGGCGUGGAGCCCCUGGAGGUGGAAUUGGCCGAGUCCGGGGAAGGAGUGGGUGGCUACGCUAAGGAGAUGUCCAAGGAGUUCAUCGAGGCAGAAAUGGCCCUGUUUGCCAGGCAGUGUAGAGAUGUGGACAUCAUUAUCAGCACUGCUCUCAUUCCAGGAAAAAGAGCCCCUAUCCUCAUUAAGAGAGACAUGAUUGAGUCCAUGAAAGAUGGAUCAGUGGUGGUUGAUCUUGCUGCUGAAGCUGGGGGAAACAUUGAAACCACCAAACCAGGAGAGCUGCACAUCUACAAGGGGGUGACGCAUAUAGGAUACUCUGAUCUGCCCAGCAGAAUGCCCACUCAGUCCAGUACUUUGUAUUCUAAUAAUGUCCUGAAGCUGCUGAAAGCCAUUAGUCCCGACAAGGAGUAUUUCUAUUUUGAGCCCAAGAAUGAGUUUGAUUAUGGAACAGUUGACCACGUCAUCCGGGGCACCACAGUCAUGCAGGAAGGCAAGAUUCUCUUCCCAGCCCCUUUACCAAAAACUGUCCCGCCUCCCGCUCCUGCUAAACAGAAGACAGUGGCCGAGCUGGAGGCAGACAGACUAGCAGAGAUCUCCCCGUUCAGAAAAACCAUGACCUCUGCCGGUGUCUACACCGCAGGGUUAACAGGAGUCCUGGGCCUGGGCCUGGCCUCACCUAAUGCUGCUUUCACCCAGAUGGUAACCACCUUCGGAAUGGCUGGGAUAGUUGGAUACCACACAGUGUGGGGUGUCACGCCAGCCUUGCACUCCCCACUGAUGUCAGUCACUAACGCGAUUUCAGGUCUCACGGCUGUGGGGGGCCUGGUGCUGAUGGGGGGAGGAUAUACCCCUUCCAGCCUCCCCGAAACUCUGGCCUUACUCGCUGCCUUUGUGUCCUCCAUCAACAUCGCAGGUGGCUUUCUGAUCACACAGAGGAUGCUUGACAUGUUCAAACGCCCGACAGACCCCCCAGAAUACAACUACCUGUAUUUAUUACCUGGAACAGUGUUUGUGGGUGGUUAUGGAGCUUCUGUUGCCAGUGGGUACAAUAUUGAGCAGAUGAUGUAUCUGGGCUCAGGCUUGUGCUGUGUGGGGGCACUAGCUGGGCUCUCAACCCCGACGACCUCCAGGCUGGGGAAUGCCCUAGGAAUGAUUGGCGUGGCAGGGGGAAUUGCUGCCACCUUGGGGGCACUUAAACCAUCCCCUGAGUUACUCUCCCAGAUGUCCCUGGCCAUGGCGACAGGAGGCACCUUAGGUCUGACCAUUGCCAAACGCAUUGAGAUCUCUGACCUCCCUCAGCUGGUGGCUGCUUUCCACAGCCUGGUGGGCUUGGCAGCGGUGCUCACCUGUAUUGCCGAGUUCAUGAUCGAAUACCCUCACCUCGACGUCCACCCCGCAGCCAACAUGGUGAAGACGGUGGCCUACCUGGGGACCUACAUCGGGGGGGUCACAUUCAGCGGCUCCCUGGUGGCCUAUGGGAAGCUUCAAGGGCUCCUGAACUCUGCCCCCCUGCUCCUCCCUGGUCGCCACUAUCUCAACGCCAGCCUGCUGGCAGCCUCGGUGGGCGGCAUGGUGCCCUUCAUGAUGGACCCGAGCUACACCACUGGCAUGGGCUGCCUGAUUGGUGUUUCAGGGCUGUCUGCCAUAAUGGGGGUGACGCUGACCGCAGCUAUAGGAGGGGCUGACAUGCCAGUUGUAAUCACAGUUCUCAACAGCUACUCUGGCUGGGCCCUGUGUGCAGAGGGCUUUCUGCUGGACAACAACCUGAUGACCAUUGUUGGAGCGCUGAUUGGGUCCUCUGGGGCCAUCCUGUCCUAUAUCAUGUGUGUGGCCAUGAACCGGUCGCUGCCUAAUGUGAUUCUGGGAGGAUAUGGAACCUCAUCAACAGGGGGAGGGAAGCCAAUGGAGAUAGUCGGGACACAUACAGAAGUCAAUGUGGAGCAGUCAGUGGAGAUGAUCAAGGAGGCCAGCAGUAUUAUCAUCACCCCAGGCUGGGGCCUGUGUGCUGCGAAGGCCCAGUACCCUAUUGCAGAUAUGGUUAAAAUGUUGCGGGAACAGGGCAAGGCAGUCAGGUUUGGCAUUCAUCCAGUCGCUGGUCGCAUGCCUGGUCAGCUGAAUGUGCUGCUAGCUGAGGCUGGAGUUCCUUAUGAUGUUGUGCUGGAAAUGGAUGAGAUCAAUGAGGACUUCCCAGAAACCGACUUGACACUAGUUAUUGGUGCAAACGACACAGUGAACUCUGCAGCUCAGGAAGAUCCUAACUCCAUCAUUGCUGGAAUGCCAGUCUUAGAAGUGUGGAAAUCGAAACAGGUCAUUGUGAUGAAGCGCACACUAGGAGUGGGUUAUGCUGCAGUUGACAAUCCCAUUUUCUACAAACCCAACACAGCUAUGUUGCUGGGAGAUGCCAAGAAAACGUGUGAUGCUUUGCAGGCUAAAAUCCGAGAAAUGUACUACAGUAAUUAG